AUAAAAAAAAGAGGCAUUGGCAACAUUUAGAAACCGCCACUAUAAAACAAUAUAGUUUUUGUGGUUCAAAAUCACUCUACUUCACUGCAGAUUCUUGUCUUGUUCACUCACUCACUCAUUUCUUCUGUUGGAAAAAUCAUAGGGAUGGUCCACAACUUUCUUUGAGGUAGUUGUAGCAUGAACAUGAUCCUUAUAUUCAUCAUGUGACUUUGUUUUUUAUGAGUUAUAUGCCUUCAUUCAUGCAUAUAGAAAAGGAGAUUAUUGAAAUGGAUGCAUCAUCAAAUCAAAGGUCACUUGAGAGAGUGGUUUCUCAGAAAGCCAUGCAAAUGAGCAAUUCAUUUCCAUGUCAGAUAUGUGUUGUGGGAUUUCUUUCUGGAAUUUGUAUUGCUUCUUUCAUUAUGGCUACUCUUACUUCCAUUGGUAGUUUUCAGUUUUCUCAUUUUUCAAUGCUUAAUUUAUCAUUCAACUCAGAUCUCAAUUCCACCAUCACACAAUGUUCCUAUAAACCUAAAGAGAUACAAAGAUUAACAGAUUUGGAGAACAGAAAAGAGAUAGACCAAGAUGAAAGAGUGUCUUUGCUUUAUUCUGCUUGGAACUGUGUGUUAACUAAGCCUACAACUGGUACAAAUAAGUGCUUAUGGGAACUUGGAAUUAAUGAAUCCUAUUUGCUUAAGCCCCCACAUUUGGAAAACUGCAAGGAGAAAUCACUGCUCAACGACCGUCUCGACAAGCGUAUAGGAAAUGAUUCCUUUCCACCAUGGACAAGUUGGAAAGGAUUGUUGGAUAUGCACCCUCUUGCUGCAACCACUGAGCAGAUUCAGAACUUCAGAAAAAAAGCUGUAUCUGAAGGUGCUUAUCCACCUUGGAUUGCAGGAUCUGAUGAAGAAAACUACCCUUUAACACGAAAAGUUCAACGCGACAUAUGGAUCCAUCAGCAUCCGUUGAAUUGUAGCGACGCGAAUGUCAAGUUCCUUUUAGCUGAUUGGGAGCGAUUACCUGGAUUUGGAAUCGGUGCUCAAAUUGCUGGAAUGUGUGGACUUCUUGCUAUUGCAAUCAAUGAAGGAAGAGUUCUUGUCACUGAUUUCUAUAAUAGAGCUGAUCAUGAUGGCUGCAAAGGAUCGUCCCGGUCUAGCUGGAAUUGCUAUUUCUUUGCAGAAACUUCACUAGAAUGCCGCCAACGUGCAUUUGAACUCAUCAAAAGUGAUGAUUCGUUGAGUAGAGGAAUUUUGACGACCAAAGAAAAUUAUACGUCGAAGCAUAUAUGGACAGGACCAACUCCUAGGAUAUGGGGCGAUCCGUGGAACUAUUUGCAACCGACAACUGAUAUAAAUGGCAGUCUGGUGGUUUCUCAUAGAAAAAUGGAUCGACGAUGGUGGAGAGCGCAGGCCGUACGAUACUUAAUGAGGUUUCCAACUGAGUAUACUUGCAAUUUAUUGAAUGAGGCGCGCCAUGCUGCCUUUGGAAAAAUAGCUGCAAAAAUGGUUCUGGAAAGUCUUGUUGGAGAAUGGCCAAAGGUGCCUCAGGAGGAGGAGAAUGAUGAAAGACCAAAGUCCGAUAUCGACAAAUAUGUGUGGUCGAAUCACAAGCCAUGGAUCCCAAGACCUCUUCUAAGUAUGCAUGUAAGGAUGGGAGAUAAAGCAUGUGAAAUGAGAGUGGUUGAAUUUGAAGAAUACAUGAUGCUUGCUAAUAGGAUUAGGAAUCAUUUCCCAAACCUCAAUAGCAUUUGGCUAUCAACAGAAAUGCAGGAAGUGAUAGACAAAAGCAAAGAAUAUUCUUCAAGGUGGAAGUUUCAUUAUACAAAGAUAAGAAGGCAAGAUAGGAAUAAUGUGUCAAUGGCUGAGUAUGAAGGUAGCUUGGGAAGGGAGAGAAGCACAAACUAUCCACUUGUUAAUUUUCUUAUGGCUGCUGAUUCUGAUUAUUUUGUUGGAGCAUUGGGUUCUACGUGGUGCUUUCUUAUAGAUGGAAUGAGAAAUACUGGUGGGAAGGUUAUGUCUGGUUACUUGAGUGUUAACAAAGAUAGAUUUUGGUAGGGAUGUAAUGUAUUUAUAUAUACUUCUGAUUAUUUCAAUAAUAACAGAAAAGAUUUAUGUAAUCUUUUGUAAAUUAGAGUAAAUUAUUCUUAUGUAUAAUCAUUGUACAUGUUUACAAUAGUACACAUUGCUAAAGAAUCUUGUAAAGCAAAAGAAUUCACAUACUUGCAGCUAGUUCUUGGGUUUUAUUUUAUU